AAAUAGUUCAAAAUAUAAACGGAAACAAAAACAAACUACGAGAAUGUUUCAUCGUCCGACUUUUAGUUAUAGAAAACUUCUGCUUGCCCUCAUUCUGAUCACAACUAUUUAUAUAUACGUUGAACAUGAGACUAAAGCUGUUGCAAUUGAGCGAAGGCCAACAGAUACUCGAAAUCUCUCCAUUAAUGUGUCCAGCCAGUCUCGGGCCACUGCUCCGACUAUCGCCUUUAAUGUGUUUGACCAUCAAUGCAAAAUACCACGAAUCGAUCCUUUCUCCGCUGAUGUCCUGGCAAUUUUUAAGCCCCCCAAACUGAAGAAAUGCACGGAUCAACCCGAUUUAUUCACUGUUCGCUAUUAUAAGCAGCACAAUCAAUAUAUGCUACGCUUUAAUAAGCCCCUAUUCCUAGAGCUGUUUCCAACUGUACGCGACUAUGCCUGUGUCCUAUACGAGAUAAUCAGUGGACCAAGGGAGCCGCCCUCUUGGAACAAGGGCUUACCAGUUGCCUGUCGCGAUUGGAUCGUACCUCGUCACAUUUCAGGCAUUGUCGUAGAAUGCCACGAAAUAGGUAACAGAUCCCGAAUCCUGCAACGCGAUGCAUUUCCUCUUGUCCAGUAUCCAGUUGGUCGGAAUGAGAAGAAUGAUGAGGAACGCAGUCGUAUCAAUCCUUCUGUGAUUAUGUUGGGCAUUGACUCCAUGUCACAGAUGAACUUUCAGAGGACUAUGCCAUUGACAGCUCAGUUUGUGCGCCAGCUUGGGUGGUAUGAGAUGCUUGGCUAUACUAGCGCUGGAGAUUAUACGCUUUAUAAUCUGAUGAUUUUUUUGACUGGUCGACCACCGCAGCGGUUGCAACCCUUUUGCGAUAUGGCUAAGCCGGGCUGCUUGGAUGCCAUCACAUAUCUCUGGAAUCACUUUCACAACUCGGGCUAUUUGACUGCCUUCGCGGAGGAUUCUCCCACGCUUAAUUUCACGCGAAAGCCCGUUGAUUACUAUCUGUAUCCCAUAUUGGAAGCUUUCAGGCAAAUCAUGGAAGGAGUGAAGCGCGUGAAGGACGACUACUGCCUGGGACGGAAGCAGAGCUUUCGCUAUGUCUUGGAAUCUUGUCUGCAGGUUGUCCAGCGAUUCAUGCACGAGACGCAGAAGCCGCUCUUCGGACUCUUCUGGACGAAAAGCUUCAGCCAUGAGGACUUCAGUGCAGCGGCACGAGUGGAUGAGGAUUUCGUCAAGUAUCUGGAGCUGUACAGGGAGCACGGCUUAUUUAAGAAGGCAGUUGUCAUCUUGUUCAGCCUCCAUGGACAGCGGAAGGGCCCCUUGAUGAAGUUGGCAUCCGGCUUCCUGGAGGAGCGAUUGCCCAUGCUGCACAUUUAUUUGCCGCCCUGGUACCGGAAACAGUAUCCAGAGAUUGCGCACGCGCUUGACGUGAAUCGUCGCCGGCUGUGCUCCACGACUGAUUUGCAUUUGACCAUUAAGGAUCUGCUCGUUCAUGUGCAUCCUGGCAUUGUGUUUCAGAAGGAGCAAAUAAGAGCACAAACGUUGUUUGAGAGAUUGCCCGACAAUCGCAGUUGCGUGGAUGCUGGCAUUUCGCUCUACGACUGCAGCUGUGAUCUGCAUGUGACAAUUGCAAACAGCCCACAGAUGAUUGAGCUAGCCAAGUUAGUUGUCUACCGCAUGGCGAAUUAUCUGAGCACAUCGAGCGUUCUGAGUAAAUGUUAUCAACUGAAGUACGAACGCUUGUUAAGAGCUCAGCUGCAGACGUAUUUCGACGCUGAUGGAAAUCAGUUGGGCUCGAAUAAUGAGUUUCUUUCUUACCGCUUGAUGUUCUCAACUCGACCCAAAGGUGUUUUCUAUGCAACGGUACUGUGCAGCCAGAGGGCGAAUAUCGUGAAUGUGCGCGAGAGCUGGAUAAGACGUUUGAAUUUCGCUCCCAACGAAAGCCAAUGUGUUGAUAUGCCCCAGGCAAGAGAGCUUUGCAUAUGCAGGCCACAAACCUAAUGGCCAA